AUGGCGUCAAAAAGCCGGUAUGUGUUGCCUGCGGUCCUCAUUUCCGCCCUUGCAGCAGCUGGAAUGAUGGGCUACGUCACGCCCAAGAAAACGCCCGCCUCCCAGAAAGCAGAUGUCCAGACGGUCGCUGCCCGCGCUGGUGCCGAGCAAUUCGACUCGGCUGCCACCAAGAAAAAGAGCGCAGAAAUCGCACAAGAAACCGAGGAAUCCAGACGGCGUCGCAAGCAGGCUGCACUCGUGGCCGCAGUGCUGGUAGCGGCGGCCGUCUACGGUCUGCGUUCGUCUCUCUUGGGGGUUGACAAGGUGUCUUCGCCGACGGCACUCCAGGGGCUCCUAAAAAAACCAGAAAGCAUGCACGGCAUUGAUCCUGAUGCCUCCGUCGACUUCCAACCGGACGCGUCGGUCGAGCGGCAAAUGGAAGUGCCGGCCGAAGGUGCGGGUGAUGCAGUGCGAGGUUGGCAGCAUUUAGUCCGGGACUUUUCGGCGAUGUUAGCGGGAGAAUAUGCGCUAUCCCCGCGCGUCGGAGCGGUGGCCUCGGCUGUUGCACUUGGGCUUCUCGCCUUCUCGCUGGCAGCUGCUCGACGGGCAUCGCGUCGGAGACAACAGCAAGGGGAAGAGCGUCCAGCGUCACCAACAGCAGGCGAGGAACAGGCGGAUCCGGUGCCUGCUGAGGCCGCAGACCCUGCCGCUGAUCCCGAGCAGGUUGGCGAGAAGGAGCCUAAGAAACCGGAGGAGAAGGAGGCGCCUGCUGCGCCCGCUGCUCCGGCAGCUGAACCCGAGGAGAUUCCGAAGGCAGAACCUGAGAAGCUGAAGGAGGAAGCGGCGGCGGGUCAGACUGGAGAGCAGACAGAACAGACUGAAAGCGGCCCGAAGGAAGAGCGCGACGAACGAGAGGAAGAGCCGAAGCCUGAUGGUGAGGAGCGGAGCGAGGCGGCGGCAGGCGUCGAGGACAGUGGGUUGCCUGAUGGCGUCGCAAGCGUGCGGUCGGGAUUGUUGCAGCAGGUUCAGAAAUGCCGGGAGACCGUCCUCAGGCUUCGAAUGAAGGCGAGAUCGCUGGAAACUGUGGUCAGAAACACUCAGGCACGCAUGGAAGUGAUUAAGUCGCUCAAUCAACCGAACGUGCUGGUUACACUGUCGGCCACGCUCAAUAAGUUCGCGGAGGAACUCGAAAGUAACCACACGGCGGUGGUGGCAAACGUUAGGCUCGGCCGCCUCGCGCUGGAAGUGUAUUCUAUGGCGGAAGCGGUGGAGAAAGGACAGGAAGACGGAGUUGCUCCGGAGCAGCGUGCUGCGCUCGAGCAGAAGAUGGAGAAAGUCAUGAGCGAGCUCGAGAAGCUUUUGAAGGAAUCGGAGACAGAAGACACUGAGGAAGGAGCGACUGGCCCCGGUGUGACCGGCUCGCCGCCGGGACCCGGAGCUCCGAGUACAGAUGAUAUCAAAAGGCUUCACCUUCAGUUGCAGAACCUCAUGCAGUUCGCUACCACCACGGUGGCGGAAGGCCAGGAAGAUCCGUCCGCGGCAGCGGAACCAGAGCCCAAGGUAGCAGACCAGGAAACCAACAUGAUAAAGGUGAAGGAAGGACUAGAUCUGACUGAGCAGCGUGUGAAUCUGUUACAAGAGUUUGUAGACUCGACCGCAGCUGCAGUGGCUUUCUUCGCCGAUUAUGCCCAGAGAGCUGAGGAUGAUCUUCCCGCCCAAGAAGACGUUCCAGGCGAUUCCGCCGAGGUACAGCAGCUCAAGGACGAAGUUGAACGUCGACGUGGACUGCUUGCCGGUGCGCAGGAAGAGGCUGAGUCCAUCCGACAAGCUAGGGACGUUGGAGUACAACAUAUGAAUUUGCUACUGCAGCGCUUCGAGCAGCUGCAGCUGCAGGCACCAAAAAAUGAUUAG